GCCAAUAAGGACAGAAGAGAGACACGACUCCAAGCACAAGCAGAAAAAUACCCACUUUUCAAAUCUUGCACAGUCCCUUGGAUCCAAAACCUGGAAUCUCUCUGUCCCUGCGCACACGUCAAGGUUUCUUGCUGGAACUAUAUUUUUGUGGUUACCUCCUAAAACUCAUCUGGGAAGUUGAACCAUAUAAAAAUAGUGUAUGAUGCUGUGGCUUCAUCAUUUUGUAAGCUGUAGAGUGGGAGAAGUUUCAUGGAAUUAAGGGGAUCCAGUUUAAAGCCGUUUUGAAUAGGGAAAUUAGUUUCUUAUGAGCUUGGAGUAGUUGGAAUUCUGAUUUUAUUAUAACUACCAAUGAUUGGUAGGAAGACCAUGGGACGGGCUUUACCACUAUUGUUGAUGAUACUGGCUCUUGUAUUUUUCUUUGCAACAUAUAAUUUGUUAACAGUGAUAUUCCAAUAUAGAUCUUUUGGGGAAUGGGUAGGUGUUGAUUCAGAUAGUGCAUUACUGUUUGACCCUGUUAUUGAGAUGCCUGAGAAUGUGAGGAAGCCGUACAAUGCCAAGGCACCCUUCCAUGUUGCAUUAACAGCCACUGAUGCUCCUUACAGCAAAUGGCAGUGUCGCAUUAUGUACUAUUGGUAUAAGAAGCAGAAGGAGAUGCCAGGAUCAGAGAUGGGAGGAUUCACUCGGAUUUUGCAUUCAGGAAAUCCCGACAACUUGAUGGAUGAGAUUCCUACUCUUGUGGUUGAUCCUCUUCCUGCCGGUAGGGAUCGGGGAUAUAUUGUUUUAAAUAGACCCUGGGCUUUUGUGCAAUGGCUGGAAAAGGCUACAAUAGAGGAAGAAUACAUUUUGAUGGCAGAGCCCGAUCACAUAUUUAUAAAGCCACUGCCUAAUUUGGGACAUGGGGGAUAUCCAGCUGCUUUUCCAUUUUUCUACAUUAGGCCUGAUCAGAAUGAGAAAAUUAUAAGGAAGUACUAUCCUGAGGAGAAAGGCCCUGUGAAAAAUGUUGAUCCAAUUGGCAAUUCUCCUGUAAUUAUCAAGAAGGAUUUGUUGGAGAAGAUUGCUCCUACAUGGAUGAAUAUCUCUAUGAGAAUGAAAGAUGACCCAGAGACUGAUAAAACUUUUGGAUGGGUUUUAGAAAUGUAUGCCUAUGCUGUAGCAUCUGCUUUGCACGGCGUGCAGCAUAUUCUUCGGAAAGACUUUAUGCUGCAGCCCCCAUGGGAUUUGGAAACUGGAAAGAAGUUUAUCAUUCAUUACACUUAUGGAUGUGACUACAACUUGAAGGGUGAACUAACAUAUGGGAAAAUUGGGGAGUGGCGAUUUGACAAGAGGUCACAUCUACGCGGGCCUCCGCCAAAGAACCUUUCCAUGCCCCCUCCAGGUGUCCCUGAAAGUGUGGUCACCCUUGUUAAGAUGGUGAAUGAAGCAACUGCAAACAUUCCCAACUGGGAAACACCAUAGACAUUUGCUUCAGCCAAGGAAAUUUUUUUGAUCUCAUUUUAAGCCUCUCCUAGAACGAUCCCAUGUACACAAACCUCAGAUUAAAGUUUUCUAGUAAGAGAUAUAACAAUGAAAAUAGAAAAUAAGCUCGUUUCGGUGCUUUUCUUUAGAUCUUAGGCAAAUACAGCACUCUUGUUGAGAAUGGUUGGCUACUGUUACUUCUGCAAAAUGAAGUUCCUACCCUUAGACAA